CUAUAUCAGAUAGUCGCACUCUGCUCAGCACUUCAAUUCAAGAGGAGAGAAAUCAAAUGGAAAAUGGUAGUGUUUCCAUCAUUAGUAACAAGUUUUUUAACUGGCUUUCUGAACUAUCAGCUGGUAAUUUAGAAGAUCAGGUUAAAUCAAUGGAAAAAGAAGUAAUGCUAAUGCGUGCUUUACUUGAGGAUUUUCAAGCAACUGAGAAACCAAGCAGAAGACUGAAAGUAUGGCUGGAGGAAAUAAGAGGAAUUGCUGAUGAUGCAGAGGGUGUCAUUAAAACCUACAGCGAAAGAAGCCAAAAGGAUCUCUCAAACUAUGAGGAUAUGAUGAUUCGAAAUAAGAUUGCCAAUGACAUAAGUAGGGUCAUGAAUAAGAUUCGUGAUGUUUCAGAAAGAAGGGAAGCUUCAAACUCUAUUUUCCAUAGCCUAUGUCAAAGACGACCACCGCCUAAUAUCAUUGGCUUUGAUGAUGAUGUAUGUGCAAUUAAAAAACGGCUACUCACAGAUGAUAGAUACUGCUGCAUAAUUUCAAUUCUGGGUGAAGAAGGCACUGGAAAGACUACCCUUGCAAAAUUAAUCUAUAACGAUAUUGAGGUUAUGGAUCAUUUCCCUUUUCGAGCUUGGAUUUCUGUACCACAAGAGAACAGUGAUAGGGCAGUGCUGCAAGACAUACAGAAACAAGUUAUGGAUUAUCUUCGACAAAAAGGCAAAUGGAACAUGGAAGAAGAACCACUUGCUGCCUUGGAUGGUAGGUACCUGAUAAUCUUGGAUGAUAUCCGAAAAGCCCAAGUCUUGGAUUUUCUUAGAAAUGCAUUCCCAGAUAAAUUACCAAAUGAGGAGGAAAGUUGGAGCUUGUUUACUGGCACUUUGAAGGUAGAAAUCCCUCCAGAACUAGAGGAUAUUGGGAAAAAAAUUGUAAGAAGCUGUGGACGGGUGCGGCGAAAUAUUAUUCGUAUGGGGAAUCUGUUGUCCAAGAAUAGCGUGACUUAUGAAAAUUGGUCAAGAUUUCAGAUUGUUCCUGUUGACUUUGAGAUCCCUGCGAGAAGAUUGAUCACCCUGUGGGUUGCCGAGGGUUUUGUCAAUAAGAGAAUGGAUGAUGAACCUCCUGAACAUAUUGCUAGAAGGUACUUAAAGGACUUGAUAGAUAAAGAAAUGGUUCAAGUUGUGAAAGAAAAGUUUGAUGGAGGUGUCACAUGUCGUUUGUCCAAAGAGGGAGCUAAGUUCCUCCAAGACUAUGCUGAAGCGACUUCUGCAUUCUCUUCAAGCAUUCAUGGGCCUCGCCGUUUUGCUGAUCAUUAUAAUCAUAAGGACUUCCACUUUCAGCAUAUUCAUGGUGAUGACAGCGAUGCUCCUCUUGGAAGUCAGUAUACAGAUGUCCUCUCAUUUCUGUCUUUUGACCAUCGCAAGGGUAGCAAACCAGGAGAAGAUGUAAGAAAGUUUCUUCAUCGAUGCAUUUCCAGCAAGUGCUUCCUGUUGUUGCGUGUGCUUGAUCUUGAACGUGUUUUCAGACCCAAGUUUCCUAAGGUAUUUGACAAAUUACUCCAGCUGAGAUACCUUGGCUUAAGAUGGACUUACUUAGAGGAACUUCCACCAUUUGUAAGCAACUUGCUUAAACUCCAAACUCUGGAUGUGAAGCACACUUAUAUCAGUACUCUUCCACAUUCUAUCUGGAAAAUGCAACGGCUGCGACAUUUAUACUUAAGCGAGAGCUACCGCAGUAGAUUUGAGCCUAAACCAAGCAGCAGCUCUCUAAGGGAGCUUCAAACAUUGUGGGGUGUGUUCAUAGAUGAGGAGAGCCCUGUGAAGAAUGGUCUGAAAACAUUGUUAAAUCUUCGAAAACUGGGAUUGGCAUGCCGAAUAAUGUUGUCCCAAAAGAAACAGAUGUUGUCGCAAAUUGAGGCUGUGGCUGAUUGGAUUCUGGAACUGAAAGACCUUCAAUCAUUAAGGCUGAGAUCAUUUGAUGAACUUGGUGAACCUUGGUACCUGCCACUAAAAGACUUGUCAAAACUCAAAAGUCUCUCUAGUAUGUACUUGCUGGGAAGGUUAAAAUUUGAGUUUGUUAAAUCUGGAAUUCCUGAAAGCCUCACUUACCUAACAUUGUCAGCAUCACGACUAAAGAUAGAUCCAAUGCAUAUGCUACAACACCUUCACAAUCUGAAAAAGCUCAGAUUGUUCUCGGAUUCAUUUGUAGGAAAAACCAUGUGCUGCUCUUCUGGAAUAUUUCCUCAUCUUCAAGUCCUGAAACUAUGGAACCUGGAGCAUCUAGAGACAUCGAAUAUGACAAAAGGCGCACUGCCAGAACUGACAGACUUAGAGAUUAGAUCCUGCAGGCAAUUGAAGAUGCUUCCCAAGGAAGUGCAAUGCAUGAAGAAUCUUAAGAUAUUGAGAUUGACAGACAUGCUUUUCCAGAAGAGCAUGCACUGCUAUUCUGGAAGCUUUCCUCAACUAUUAGUGCUGAAACUGGAGAACCUAAAGCAUCUACAGAUAUGGACCGUGGCCAAAAGCGCACUCCCAAAACUGAGUCACUUGGAGAUUAAAUCCUGCAGCCAAUUGAGGAUGCUUCCCAAGGGAUUGCAACACAUGAGGAAUCUUAAGAUUUUUAGGGUGAAAAACAUGCCACAGGAAUUCACUUAUAGGAUUGAAGAAAAUCAAGGCCUGGAUUGGUAUAAAAUUGCUGUAGACCCUUAUUUUGUGACGAGCUAUCUUUGGUAA